AUGGCCGCCGUUCAGCUUUUGCUUGCUCUUCUCAAGGCCGGUAUUGAAAUUGCCGGCGCAACUGUCAACGACGACAACCAGAUUGACCUCUAUAGCAAAGUCAAGGAGGGCGCUGUUCCUGGAUUAUGUAUCCUUCAAUUUACCGGCGAGACCAAGUUAGAAGAGCCGCACGACCUUGUCGGAGGCGUGGGCAUCUCCUGUUUCUCAGGCAAUACGAUUGAUUAUUACAUGAUCUAUCAAUUUGAAAAUAUGGGUACAGAUGGCGAGAACAAGAUCAGUGAUCCCCAUAUUGGCGACUUUACAAUCUCCUUUAGCGGAAGUGGUCCCCAGGUUCAGGUGCCCUUGGAAGGAAAUGCGGUCCUUGACAGUUCCUGGUAUGCCACUGUAUCAGGAACCGAUACUUUCAGCACUGUCGGUCUGCAGGACUUGGCAUUGAACCCCAUUCUUAUGGACAAUUGUGCCGGGGAUUCGGUCGAUGUUAUUAUUGGUGAUUAUGAGUUUUCAUCCGAUUCUAAUGUUGCGGAUCAGCAAAUCAUCUAUAGCAUCGUUGUACCAGCAAAAGACGCGACCGGUCAGUGCCCGAGUUAA